AUGUCUACAGAAAUUUUAGGUAAAGUAGCACCAGAGAAAAUACCAGAUAUCCAAAAUAUAGCACCAGAUGCAGAAAUAGGCUAUACAUUAGAAGUUGAUCUAGAAGUCACAAUGCAUUUGCACGAUUUCUUUGCAGAUUAUCCAUUAACACCUGAAAAGCAGAUAGUUCCAGAAAACUGGCUUAGUUUAUAUAACAAAAGAUUAGUGAAAGAUAAAGAAGUUAGAAAUGGAAAAUAUGUAUUAAUUGAAUUGAAUAAAUUAUCAUGUAUGGCUAAAAAUCAAGAAAUAAUUGGCAUAAGACAAUGGGGCAACUGGUUUUAUUACUGUCAAGAAUAA